AUGUCCGAUAUCGAAGACACUUUUUCGGAUACAGCAGAGAAUUUCACGACAAAGCCUAGCGACGUCUAUUUAGGAUUUGUCGAUGCAGCUAUCAAAGAUGCCGAUGAGGUCCGCACAGACGACUCUUUCAUUGGUGGGGAGCCUGUUUGGCUACACCCAGACUCUGUUCCCGACAAGGAACUCUUGAAAUGCGGUUCAUGUCAUUCUCAAACUCAUAUGAAGCUGCUUUUGCAAGCUUUUGCUCCAUUGGACCCAGAACUAGCUGGAGAUGUAGCAUCGAAGCUGGGUUUGACGUCGAUAAAUGCUAAUCCUGAAGAUGAAAGGGUUCUUUACGUUUUUCUAUGCACAAAGUGUCCCAGGAAAGCGAGCUCCGUUCGCUGCAUUCGUGGUGUGAAAAAAUGCAACGGCUCAGCAAGUCUGCAGAAUACAAUGAAUUUAGCGGUGAAGGAAAAAGAUUUCAAAAUCGAAGCUGGUACGCUUGACAAAGGUCCUUCGAAUCCAUUUGCCACUGAACCAUCAGGGUCAGCUAAUCCCUUUGCAAUCGCAUCGGCAAACCCGUUCGCAAACGCGCAGGAGAACACACCAAAAAGUUCUGAAGUUCCCGCCGGUUCGGUGAACCCGAAAACCGCACGGAAGGAACACGACGCUCUAGACGACAAGAAAUUUGAUGGUGGGUUUCCCGGUUUUUUUCUGUAUGUUGAGCAAGAAUCAUUCAAAAACAAAAUCCCUGAUCAUCUCAAACUGCCCAAGAAUCUGAAAAUAGAUAAGACAGCCCUGGAUAUCAAUGCAGAAAGCGAUGAGUCAGCAGGAAUCAACAACAUUGAGCUGGAUCCCAGAACUGAAAAGCUCUCGAAAUUCCUUGAUGACGAUGUCUUCCAAAAAUUCCAAGAUGUCGCAGGAUACAAUCCUCUACAGGUACUGAGAUAUCAUUUCGGUGGGCAACCCUUAUAUUAUGCAGCUACACAGGUGGACCUCGUCAAAGUAAUACCUCCCCCAAGUUAUAAUCCUUCGUCGAAGAGAGUUUUCGAAAUGCAACUGAUGCCGAAAAUGAUCAUAGAUUUGGAGGAAACCAUUGUAGAAAGAGGAGGAAUGGAAUGGGGCACCAUCAUGUUAUUCACGGACGUUGAGAAUUACAUCACCAAAUAUGAUGAACACGACGUCGGCUAUGUCGAGGAAUGUGUGAGAGUACAGUGGGAGACGGAGUAUAAGAAUUAG